GACUUGAACUAGGUUUAUCUCUUCAGAUUUUGGGUACAAAACUGCUGCUCUACAAAUCGCCACAACUGUGGCCAGAUCUUGAGAUUUCGCGAACCCGCUUCAACGCUCACCAUCAAGGCCGCCCCCGCAAUCCAUUCCACUGCAAUGCCUUCCCAGCGAGAACAGCCCAGUCCCUUGUACACACCUCAACAUGCUCGAUAGGCGCAUUGCACCUCGCAGGUUAGAAAAAUGUGCAAGAUACUUAGCCUCACUGCUUGGGAGAGCAGAAUAUGACCCGUCCACAUCCGCACGGCGACUGAGGAUCCCGAAUAGGCCAUCAGUUGCAUGAAUCACGUCGCCCCGUGAUUCGAGUCUUGCCCGCCAUGAACGACUCCAGAAAUAUACGAGGUAGUGUACAGGUGUCAUACCCAGGUCCGCCUCAGCUCCAAGGCUCCAGCCAUCUCCAGAUCAUCGCAAACCAAGUAAUUGCUGAAGUUAGGGUAUCACUGAAUUCCUUUCUUUUGUUCUUCUUCCGCCGCAGACACGCAGACGCAUGAUUAAUGUCGUGAAGGGGGGCAAGGCGAUGCUCAACACUAUUGUCAGGAGCUAGGACUCUGUGUCCUGUUCGAAUACCAGUCGAUGCUGUCUUCUUUUCAGCCGCAAACUCACUUACCUUCCAUAUCCAUGAAGACGCUCGGUCGUGGUGUAAAUCUGUUAUUGCUGUUGUUGUUGUUGUUGUUGUCGCCGUCGUCGAGCCGUGCUCCAUUGUUGCUCUUC